AUGCGUUGUGCAGUAUUUGGUUGUUCCUCUGAUAACCAGAGCAAGCGAAAUCCUUGCCCUAACACGAGGUUUUUUCGUUUCCCUAAAGAGGAAAAUCUAAUAAAGCAAUGGGUGCACGCUACCGGUAGGAAAGAUAAAUUUAACUCAAAGACGGCUUCUAUUUGUUCAAAGCAUUUUGCCGAGACUGACUUUUAUACAAAUCUUAAGCAUCAACUGCUGAAUUAUCGCCCGAAAAAUUAUCGGGGCUUGAAAAAAGAUGUUGUUCCCAACAAGAAUUUGCCCACGAUGAAACCUGAAGUUUCUAGGAUAGGCCACGGUAGUGCAUUAAAAAAAAGCCAAAGAAAACAAGUCAUUGAUGAGUUAUUAAGCAGCGAAUGUGAAGAUUCUGGAGGUAACGUUAAACAAGAGGGCAUUGAAGAUAACUCUCAAAAUUUUACUCAGGGUAAUGGCUUUAGCAAUAAUGCUGCAGAGAAAAGCACACAAAAUGUUUCCAACAAGAAUUUGCCUAUGGUGAAACUUGAAGUCUUUGAUGAAUUAUUAAGCAGUGAAUGUGAAGGUUUUUUGGCUAACAUUAAACAAGAAGUCCUUGAAGAUAACUCUCAAAGUUUUAUUCGGGGUAAUGGUUUUAGCAAUAAUGCUGCAGAGAAAAGCACACAAACAGUACCACUAAUGAACCAGAAUCAAGAAUUGAUUAAUGAAAUUUUACUUCUAAAGCAACAACUAAAUGCAGUAACUGCAAAGGUAUCUACAUUGGAAAAUAUUAUUUCGGCCUGGAAAAAAAAUUAA